GGUAAUUUCGGCGAAAAUGUUGGUGAAAUCGUGCAUUUUCCUGUCAUUCCUGGCUAUUGCCGCUUAUGGCCAGGCACAUUUGAAAUACACCAAGGAGAUGAACGAUCCGGAGUAUGUUCAACAGAAUGUGCAUCAUCAGGGGCACGGACACGCUCACGGAGGACAUGGACAUGCUCAUGAUGCCGACGGAGGGUGCCCGUAUGCUAAAGCCGCCGCCGCUGAAGCUGCUACCGCUGCUGCUCACGACCACGGACAUGCUCACGAUCAUGACCAUGGACACGCUCAUGAUCACGGACAUGCACAUGAUCAUCAUGGACACUCCCAUGACGAGGAGGAAGAUCAUCAUCACGGACAUGCUCACGAUCAUCACGGACACUCCCAUGAGGAUCACGGACACAGCCAUGGAGCUGAAAGUGCUAAGCAAGUUGGCGAUGAGUACCAGUACACUGGAUUCCUUUCUUUCCUUAAUGAUGCCAAGACAAGGCUUUGGGUUUAUGCCAUCUCGGCUACACUUCUCAUCUCUGCUGCUCCAUGCUUCAUCCUUAUGUUCAUCCCAAUCCAGGCUAACACCUCGGAGUCGGGACCACUUCUGAAGGUUCUCCUCGCUUUUGGUUCCGGAGGUCUUCUCGGAGAUGCGUUCCUUCAUUUGAUUCCACACGCCACUCCGGCUGGAGACGGUCACGGGCACUCGCAUUCUCAUGGACAUUCUCAUGGUGGUGGUGGGCAUUCUCAUGGAGCUCAUGACAUGAGCGUCGGGGGAUGGGUUCUUGGAGGAAUCAUCGCCUUCUUGACCGUUGAGAAACUCGUGCGCAUUUUGAGAGGAGAAGACGGCCAUGGUCACUCACAUGGACAUUCCCAUGGAGGGGAGAAGAAGGAAACCAAGGAAAAGGAUUCGAAGGACAAAGUUGCCAAGAAGGAGGAGAAACCAGAAAAAGACGAGCAAUCAAUCAAGGUUACCGCCUACCUCAACCUCGCUGCUGAUUUCACCCACAACUUCACUGACGGACUUGCCAUCGGAGCGUCCUUCAUUGCGGGAACCACCGUCGGAAUCGUUACUAUGAUCACAGUUCUUGUCCAUGAGGUUCCUCACGAGAUUGGAGAUUUCGCCAUUCUGAUUCAAUCUGGAUACUCUAAGAAGAAGGCCAUGCUCAUCCAACUUGUAACUGCUCUCGGAGCACUUUCCGGAUGUGUCAUCUCCUUGUUCUCUGCUGACGCCGAUGCUCUCGCCGACGCUGCGGCUAGCUCCUGGGUUCUUCCAUUCACAGCCGGAGGAUUCAUCUACAUUGCUACGGUUUCCGUGAUUCCUGAGCUUCUCGAGAACAGCUCAUUCUUCCAGACAGUUAAGGAAAUCUUCGCUAUUCUUACCGGAAUCUUCCUUAUGUAUCUCAUUGCUAUUUAUGAGUAAAUUUUUGUCGAAGCUAGUCUCAUCAUCACAAACGCGAUACUUGUUAAAUGUUACCUUUUGUAAAAUGUAUUUUAUAUAUUUAAGUAUUUAUUAAAUCACCCUCUCCUUCUUGAUGUUCUCUCGAUUUUUUUGGCUGGUUGUUUCAAUAAAGGUGUUGGAUGCACAG